CCACUUAGCCAAUCGGCGGCGGGGGCUGGGCCCGGGCGCUGAGUACUGACCGAGCGGCGGCGGGCGCAGACCGCUGACCGGAGACAGUAGCUUCACAGAGAGCAGUGGCGAUGGCGACCGCGAUGGCACCGACGGCGGUGGAGCGGGCGGUGCUGGAGGAGGAAUUCCGCUGGCUGCUGCACGACGAAGUGCACGCCGUGCUGAGGCAGCUCCAGGACAUCCUAAAGGAGGCCUCUCUCCGCUUCACUCUGCCAGGCUCAGGCAUGGAGGGGCCUGCCAAGCAAGAGAACUUCAUUCUGGGCAGCAGUGGCACAGACCAGGUGAAGGGCGUGCUGACUCUGCAAGGGGACGCGCUGAGCCAGGCGGACGUGAACCUGAAGAUGCCCCGGAACAGCCAGCUGCUGCACUUUGCCUUCCGGGAGGACAAGCAGUGGAAGCUGCAGCAGAUCCAGGAUGCCAGGAACCACGUGAGCCAAGCCAUUUACCUCCUCAACAACCGGGAUGAGAGCUACCAGUUCAGGACAGGAGCAGAGGUCCUUAAGCUGAUGGAUGCCGUGAUGCUGCAACUGACCAGAGCUCGCAACCGGCUGACCACCCCGGCCACCCUCACUCUGCCUGAGAUUGCCGCCAGUGGUCUCACGCGUAUGUUCACCCCUGCCCUGCCCUCCGACUUGCUGGUCAACGUCUACAUCAACCUCAACAAGCUCUGUCUCACUGUGUACCAGCUGCACACCCUGCAGCCAAAUUCCACCAAGAACUUCCGCCCAGCUGGAGGCUCCGUGCUCCACAGCCCUGGAGCCAUGUUAUCUCGGUGUUCUCCAGCUACUGGAGCUACAGGCCUUUCUAAGCAGAGCACCCAAGAGCCUGUCCCCCUGAGGACUGGCCCCUACCCAGGGUGUCCCUGCCCCGACCACACACCCUGGAGUGCGGCCCAAGCCAAGCACUACAGGCGAUUUACUGCCCUCCUUGCCUGUCCUGCCCGUCACAUUUGCACAGAUGGGAGUUGAACACUGGAACUUCUGGAAUGAAGGGAAGCUGACUUGCUUUUUGUUUUGGGGUGGGGGUGGGUCAAGAAGGUGGGGUCAGGAGUUCGCCCACAUUCCAAGCCCUGCCCUUUGGACUCAAGGUGGAGCCCAGCCCAGGGCUCUCCUUCCCCCCUGCUGAGCUACCCCCAGGUGAGGGGCAGCUGCACUCCUCCCGCUGGAAGGUGAGGAGUGGGUGGUGACCCUAAGCUGUGAGUUGGGAGAGAAGGAAAAGAAAAGGGCAGGCAGAAGCCACCUACCAUGAGCUGCGGUCCCUUGACUGUUUACUCAGCAAUCCUACCAGGGCCUCCAAGAAAUAAAGAUCAUCCAACUUUGCCUGGA